CCUUAAGGACCGCACGGAGGGCGGAAUAUCGGCACAAGAUGAGAUUGUCUACUGCGAUGUUUGUCCUGGUGGGCGGGGUCUAUUUGGGCAUCACCCUCUACGUUCCCAUGCCAACCGAUAUGGACGCCAAGAUGGAGUUCUACUUGAAGACCAUUGGAUUUAAAUUCAGCAAGUUAAUUAUGUACCUGGAAUACCUAGUUCGCGGGGGCUCUACCAUCGAUUUUUCUGUUGUUCAAAAUAUCAUGAUAUGUAUUACCACAGUCUAUCGAGUAGGAGCAGCUUUGACCCGCAAUUCAGAGGGGUCAAAGUUCACAUUAGAUGACACGACCUUUGACGGGGUCAGAGUACUUUUUUACCAGCGCACCGAUGGCAGGCAAGAGAAUCGACCGGCUUUUAUCUUUCUACAUGGGGGCGGUCUUACUAUUGGCAGUGUCGAUAUAUACGAGAUGGUAACCGAUGACAUUGCAGGGCACCUCGAUGGCAUGGUUGUGAUAUCUGUGGAUUAUCGCCUGGCACCGGAACAUCCCUUUCCAGCGGCCUACGACGACGGGCUAGCCGUUACGAAAUGGUUGAUGAGACACGCCGACGUCUAUGGCGUUGAUGCCACUCGCAUUGCCUUAGGAGGUGAUAGCGCCGGUGCCUACCUGACGGCCGCGAUCGUCCAGGCAAUCCACGACAAUCCGACUCUGCCCAACGUUCGUCUCCAAGUCCAUCUCUUCCCGUGGUUGCAGCACUUCGACUACCAGACACCGUCCUACCAGAAGAACGCCCAUAUCUUCGGUGAGAGAACCUGGGUCGAGAACACCAUCCCCGGGUUCUGCUUCAGCGCGUACUUUAACGGAGUCCUCAACGACUCCCUAGUUGAGCAGAUGACGACAAACAACCACACCUCUGCGGCCUUUAAGAACUCUGCGCUUUACUGGAAGACCUUCAAUCAUUCUCUGAUACCAAAGGAUUUCCGUGACCCCGCCUACUACACCCCACCCCAAUCAAGUGACUUCGGCAACGAGGAAAUCUGGAAUGAACUCAAAGACGUCGUUCUUGAUACUCGGUUCUCGCCGAUCCUUCGCGAGGACAUGCGAGGAUUACCGAAGGCCUACAUCGCCACUUGCGGCUACGAUCCUAUACGGGACGAUGGAAUAUUUUACUUCCAUCGUUUAAAGGAUGCCGGAGUUGAUGUGUUUUGGGUGGAUUAUGACGCGGCCUUUCAUAGUCUAGAUUGGUACUAUCCAUUGUAUUCGGAAACUGGGAAACAACUGCAGAGAGGGUUUAUAAAUUUCAUCAAAGAUAAUAUUUGAAUUUGUGCCUGGUUUUUUAUCAGUGAAAAAAUUAUACAAUAGAGUAAAAGAUGUUAAUUAUCGCUCAUGCUUUGGAAUUUUCAUACCUUCAUUCAGCUUUGUUUGAUUGAACAUUUUAUUACACUUAAUUUAAAAUGUACGAUCUAUUCUUUUUGAACGAGCCAUAUACAGUUGGCCUUCAUGAAUGACAUCGUUUACUCUGAAGAAUCCAAUUCUUCCACUUCUAGAUGCAUUACAUUUUCAUAGCGGAGGUGUUUAUUUUCUCCCGAAAUAACACCUUUUACGCUUUUGGGAUGAUUUGUUUUAUUUCAUUAGUGUUAUCGUUUGGUUGCUUUAGUUUGCUUGUUUAUUUUUUAUCGGAUCUAAGUGAGUAGGCCAUUUUAAUCAUGGGCCUACUGUAACUGAUAUUUUCAGCUGGGGGAAUUUAAAUGUAUUUUUAUAGUCACUGUGUAUUUGUUAGGUGCGCUUUUUUUAAUCGCCUUUUAGUGAAAAUAACUGUUCAGACAAAAAGAAAUAUGUUUUGGUAUCGUCAAUUAAAGUUUUGAAGAUUUAAAACUGUUUAAAUUUACAUUUUGCUAACUAAAUACGGAAAUAGGUAACAAUGUGCAAUAAAUAAACCACA